AUGGCAAGCAUAAGAGCUCCAGCAACUAAGAAAACUACAACUCUUACUGUGGCUGUUAAAUGUCGGCCAUUAACUGAGAGAGAACGUGGCCGAAAUAUAGUAAGAGUGCACGAUGACAAGGAAAUACUUUUACUGGAUCCUGAUCUUUCAAAGGACUACCUAGAUCGUGUACAAAAUCGUAGCAAGGAGAGGAGAUACACUUUUGAUUAUGCAUUUGGCCCCGACUAUUCCAAUUCGGGUGUCUAUGAAAGAAGUGUACGAUCCACAAUUGUUGGGGUUGUCCAAGGUCUCAAUGCCACUGUAUUUGCUUAUGGUUCCACUGGGAGCGGCAAGACAUAUACCAUGGUUGGAACUCAAGAUGACCCUGGACUAAUGGUUCUAAGCUUAAAUACAAUAUUUGAUCUUAUUGAGGAAGAAAAUUGUUCUGAUGAUUUUGAAGUUACUUGCUCAUACCUUGAAGUCUACAAUGAGGUCAUUUACGACUUGCUUGAAAAAUCAUCAGGUCAUCUGGAACUAAGGGAAAAUCCAGAACAAGGAAUACUUGUUGCUGGCCUAAGAAGAAUCAAGGUGAAUUCAGCUGAUAGGAUUCUUGAACUAUUGAACUUGGGGAACAGUAGGCGAAAAACUGAAAGUACAGAGGUUAAUGGAACUUCCUCACGCUCACAUGCAGUUUUGGAGAUAAGUGUAACAAGAAAACAACAUAAACAAUAUCCCAAGCAGAUUAUCAGAGGAAAACUUGCACUUGUCGAUCUUGCUGGCAGCGAACGAGCAUCUGAAACAAAUAAUGCUGGCCAGAAAUUGAGAGACGGCGCCAAUAUAAACAGAUCACUUCUUGCUUUGGCGAACUGCAUAAAUGCUUUGGGCAAGCAGCAGAAGAAGGGUCUCGCGUAUGUGCCAUAUCGGAAUAGCAAGUUGACGCGGAUUCUUAAAGAUGGUUUGAGUGGCAAUUCUCAGACAAUAAUGGUUGCUACCAUCUCACCAGCUGAUAAUCAGUAUCACCAUACAGUCAAUACUUUGAAGUAUGCUGACCGGGCAAAGGAAAUAAAGACACAUAUUCAGAAGAAUAUUGGCACCAUCAAUGCUCCUGUAUCAGACUACCAGAAGAUCAUCGACAAUCUUCAGAGUGAGGUUGGUCGCUUGAGAAAGGAAUUAGCAGAAAAGGAGUCACAACUUAAUUCUAAGCAUACUGAGAGAUCACCGGAUGAUGAAAUAUCCUGGUUAAACUCAUUGAGCCAAGAAACCAGUGAAAAUGUGCUGGAGAGGAUAAAUUUACAGAAGGCUUUAAUCGAACUUGAAGAAACUAACCUUUGUAACCGAAAGGAACUCCAACAUCUUGAUGAUGCUAUUGCAAAACAGCAGGUUAUCGAAAAUGACGGAGCUGUAGUGCAGGCUUUGCAAGCAAGACGUCAAAUGAUUCUUGAUAACAUUCGUGAUAAUGAUGAGCUUGGUGUUGGUUACCAGAAGGAAAUUGAAGCUAAUGAGCAGUGCCGGUGUCAACUACAGGAUAUGAUUGAUGAAGCCAUUAGGAAUAACGGCAACAAAACAUACUUAAGCAUCUUGAGCCAGUACCGACUGCUGGGAAUAAGUAACACCGAACUUCAAUUCGAAAUCGCAAUAAGGGACCAAAUUAUUAACAGCCAAAGAGAAGCACAGAGAAACUUAUGGAACCUGCUCACAAGCUUUGGGCUCAAUGAGAAGCAGAUUGUGGAGCUUGGAGCAAAGCAAGGAAUCACAGUUGAGGACUUUCAGAUGACACCACCAGCAGAUGUGCUGUCAAAUAUGAAGUAUGAAGGAAACAACACUCCCUUACACUGUACCACAUUCAAAGGCCAACCUUGUGCCUUAUCACCUUGCUUCUUUCCUCAAGACCGGGAAUUGAGUUCAAGAUGCUUUCCUCAUGCAUUUUUCAGAGAGGAGCUCCAUGCUUCGUAUUAUUAUGUCUGUCAUGGGUCGUCCCCGCCAGGCAAUCAGCAGUGGCAGUCAGGCUCUUGUUAUGGUGUCAUUGAUGGGACGGGAUGUGGUUUGCUUCCAUAUGACCAAAGUGUUAUUUCGGCUUCAUCUUAUGGGAGCAGCUGUCGGGCACGACAGCAGGAUGCAUUGGCAGUAACUAAUAGGAAAGACAUAAACAUGAAAUCUUACGUCGGAACGAGUACCAUGUGGGACCCGUGUAAAGUUGCCCAACAACGUUGUACGGGCACUGCGCGUGUUGUCCGUCUAUGGGCGUUGCAGGAGAUGUCGCGCUCUGGGCGUGAUUCUCACGCGUGUGGUACGGCGUCUGCGAGAAACUCGUGUGCCAACCUGCAAGUCCAGCGCUUGUGCGUGGCUUCAUCUAGCCUACCACUGUCGCCUGUCUGUCGACCUUUCGCUCCUGGAAGGCAUCAUCGUCGACGCCAGCUCUUCUCCAUGCAUAAUCCCUCGGCGGCGAUGAUCGACUAUGCCCCGUGGCGGUCUCCUGCGCCGGCCCCCGAUUAUGACAUCCCCCGUCGUCCGCAUUGUCCCCCCUUGUCCCUUGCCCGCCGCCGUCCUCCCGCUUGGCUCCGCUCCUUACAUUCCCCAAGCACUGUAUCCGGAGGGCGCGUCUGCGACUUUAUCCUCCCUCCCCGUUGCCAUAUCCACUCGCCGUCGGUCAAUCUGAAUUGCAAUUAA